UGAUCACAAAGUUCUUUGUUUAGCUGCGUGAUUUUAUAGUGAGGCGGGCAAAAUAAUAAACAAAGAAACAUGUAACAAGUAUUAUUAUUAUAGAAAAGAAUUUGUACAUUUUUGUCAUUUUUAAUGUUUGUCAAUAUGAAUAAAAAAAAAAUGAGUGACUCCGAAGAUGAAAGUUCUGAUAGUAGCUGUGAUUUUCUCGUGCCAGCUGAGAAAAUCAAUUUAAAUUCAAGUUUCUUUCAACAAAAAGCCGAGUCAAAAUCUAACCUCAAAAGCCCGGUAAAAACUAUUAAAAGUUCAUCAUCCGAUUCAGAUGAUGAUGAUGAUGAACUUGAAGAAUUUAAAGCAGAAGAUGUUGAUAAUGCUCAAUCGGCUGAAUUGUUUUCACAAAUUUUAAGUAAUCUCGAGAAGGAAAAGAAUCUUGAAAGUCGAAGAAAACAAGAGUUCGAAUCGAAAAAUGUCGCAAAUAAAGAUGGAAAAGGGGAAUCUUCGAAAACAAAGGGUCUCACGAGUGAAAUUAGUGAACUUUUACUUCAAGGUGAAAGCAGUACGGCAACCACAAGUUAUGAUCAACAAGCCGAAGAAGAAGAUGAGGAAGAAGAUGAAAAACCAGAAACGUCAUCGGAGUACACAAUUCCAAAGGAAGGUGUACUUAUAACUCUUCCUGGUUCAAGUAUAAUGCACGAAAGAAAAAAAAAGAAAACAGAUCUUGAAACAAUUUUAAGAAACAAAUUAAACCAACGAAUAAGAACAACUCAGGUCUUAGUUCAUAAGGUGGGAUUACUCUGGUGGCUUGUUCAUGGCUUUCUAUUGAAUCGAAUGGCAAAUGAUCCGGAAACUCUCGCCAUUUGUUUAUCGCUAAUAACAAAGAAUGAUUAUCCAAAAGGACGAGUUGAUCUCGUUUAUGUACAAAGAGUCACCACUUGGUUCAGUAAAACAUUCACAAUGGUUUCCAAAACAGAGGAAAAACUCUUAACGACUUCUUCACUUUUACAAAGAAUCGAAGAGAGAAAAGUUUAUAAUUAUCGUGAAUUAGUUCUUCUUUUUGUCGCACUUUUACGUGCAAUCGGUUUAAAUUGUCGUUUAGUCGUCAACAUCUGCCCUCCUCCUCUGAAACCGAAACGUGAACAAUUAAUUCCAGCGAAGAAAGAAGAGGGUGAAAAGGAGGAAAAGGAAAAAGUCGAUGGGAAACAGAAAAAGGAGGAGAAAUCGAAAAAAGGUAAAGCACAAACGAAAAAGGGCACAAAAUCAAAAAGUACAGAACUUAAGAAAUCGGAAAAACCAUUAUUAGACAAUAGUCCCGAGGGUAGAAAAAAUGCUCAAAUUGAAGCGCGAAAAAAAGCGGCUGCACUUUUAAAUAAAGAAAAGAACGAUGAGAAAACUAAAAAGUCGAGUAAAGAGAAUUCGAAAAGCAACAAAAAUGAGAAAGUUGAAGAAUCGGAGAAAGAUAAAAGUAAGACUUCCGUGGCGAAAAGAUUGAGAAAUCGUGUUCAAAAAGAAUCUAUAGCAGUUAUUGAAACUGAUUCUGACUUUGAUUCCGAUUUUGAACCUCAAGAAAAGAAAACCAAAACAGCUAGCAAAUCACAAAAAAAUCGAAAAUUAAUUUCUUCCGACGAUGAGAUGGAAGUGAAAAAAGCCACUCAGGAUAUUUGGGUAGAAGUUUAUGUAGACUCGGAAAAAAAUUGGAUUCCCGUCAGUAUUCCAUCUGCAAAAAUUAAUUGCGCCAAGGAAAUUUACGAAAAAGCUAUGGCUCCUGUAUUAUACAUUGUUGCGUAUAAUUCUGAAGGAAAAGUGAAAGACGUGACUCGCAGAUAUUGUCCACAUUGGAUGACAGUCACGAGAAAGCAGAGAGUUGAUGAAAAUUGGUGGGCUGAGUCUUUGAAUCCGUGGAAAGAAAAAGAUUCAAAAAUAUCGAAAGCUGAAGACGAUUUACUUCUUAAACGAGAAUUGGAGUUACCUCUUCCAAAAACAAUGACAGAAUGCAAAGGACAUCCUCUUUAUGCGCUCGCAAGGCAUUUAUUAAAGUUUGAAGCAAUCUAUCCACCGGACGCUGUACCCUUGGGUUAUUUAAAAAAUGGCGAGGGAAUUUAUUCCCGUUAUUGUGUACACACUUUAAGAUCACGUGAAACUUGGAUAAAAUUCGCGAGAGUCGUAAAACCAGCUCAGGAACCCUACAAAAUUGUGAAAGCAAUGCCUAAAUACGAUAAGUUUUCGGGAACAAAAAUAAAAGGAUUGCCUCUUGAAAUUUUUGGAAAAUGGCAAACUGAUCAAUACGUUCCUCCAGCGGCAAAAGAUGGUAAAGUACCAAGAAACGAAUACGGGAAUGUAUAUCUUUUUAAAAUGUCGAUGCUUCCUAAAGGAACUGUUCACAUCGAUCUUCCUGGCUUAAAUCGUGUGGCUAAAAAAAUGGACAUUGAUUGUGUCCCAGCAGUCGUUGGUUUCAAUUUUUCAGGAUGCGGAUCACAUCCAGCCUUUGAGGGUUACGUAAUUUGUGAAGAAUACGAAGACGUUUUGAGAAAUGCUUGGGAAGAGGAACAAAUUCAAGCUGAAAAGCGUUCAAUUGAAAAACGUGAAAAAAGAAUUUACGGAAAUUGGCGAAAAUUGAUAUAUGGUUUAAUAAUUAAAUUGAGGCUGGCCGCGAAGUAUUCAACUAAUCAAAAUGACGAGAGUGAUGAUUCCGUUGAAGAACGUGUUGCUAUCAUUAGAAAUAAAUUAGAGUCCAAACGAAAAAUCAACUCUGUGGAGGAUACGGUGGAAAAAGAAAAAAAGAUUAUAAAGAAAUUAAAGGUAACGAAAAGUGACAAUUCUGAAAAGAAAGGGCAAAUAAAGAACGAAGCGAAAUUGAUCAAGACACAAAUGAAUAAAGAAGUAGCAACAAGUUCUAAACCAUUAAAACGAAAAAUAUCAAGAAAACAAAAAGUCCAUGAUGAUGAAGAUGAUGAAGAAAGUGAGUCGGACUUUGAACAAACUAUACCUGAAAAGGAACCUAAAUCUGUAAGAUCUUCAAAACGAAGUGCUGCAAAAAAACAAAUUAUUUACGAUGAUGAUGAUGAUGAUUUUGAAGAAAAUAAUUCAGACUUUGAAAUAGAAGAACCUAAAAAAGUAACUAAAUCACAAAAAUCCGUUAAACCACCAAAGCGAAUAAACACAACAAGAAAACGAAUAAUUCACAAAGAUGAUGAAAGCGAAAAAAGUGAUUCUGACUUUGAAGCAGAAAAACCAAAAACUAAAAGUAAAUCUAAAAAAUCAUUAAAAGUAACUGCAGGAAAAAAGCAACAAAUUGUUUCCGAUAAUGAUAACUCGGAUUUUGAAGUGGAAAAACCGAAAAAAGUGACUAGAUCACAAAAGAAAGUUUGAAAAAGAAAAUUUGAUAAAUUACGAUUUUAAUAACAAGAGAAUAAUUACAUUCAAACACAUCCCUUUAUUUACAAUUUAUCAUAAUUAUGAAUGUAAACAAUUAUUACAGUGUUUAGAUAAUUACUUUAAAUUUAUGUUACAUUAAUAUUGUUACAUUAACACUUUACACGAUCAGUAUUUUUUUAUGUUUACAAAAAUAGUCCCUUAGAAUAAUAGUUGAAAAUGUUUGUAAUAAUUUCUGUUCGGACAAUGCUUUCUAUUUAUUUAUUUAUCGUUUUUUUGUGCCAUUCGAAAUACAAAUCAAGAAUUCAAUUGUGUAAAUGUCUGUACAGUUAAAUAAAAAAAUAUUUUUUCUA